GCAAGGUUUCCUAGGAUUCUAGGACACGAAGCAGUCGGCGUGGUGGAGAGCAUUGGUGAACAUGUGGAUGGAUUUCAACUAAACGACGUCGUUUUGCCUGUGUUUCACCCUCACUGUGAAGAAUGUAGAGAUUGCAAAUCCUCAAAGAGCAACUGGUGCGCAAGAUUUGCUGAUGACCUUUUACCAAACACCAGACGAUACGGAAUGACUUCAAGAUUCAAAGACUCUUUUGGAAAAGAAAUUUACCAUUUUUUAUUUGUAUCGAGUUUUUCUGAAUAUACCGUCGUGGAUAUCGCACAUCUAGUCAAACUAUCUUCUGAAAUCCCGGUCAAUAAGGCGGCAUUACUCAGCUGCGGUGUCUCCACAGGAGUUGGAGCAGCUUGGAAAGUGGCUGACGUUGAAGAAGGCUCCACCAUUGCAGUUUUU